GCUCGAGAUUUUCUGAAGCCCGACAGGGCGUGGCUAAUAGUCACGUUAAUCCUUUCAUGGUGAUUAUAAUGAUGAUAAUAGUUGUUUCUAAUAAUGAUGGAAGAAGAAGAAAAUGACAAUGUAGGUGGAUGGGAAGAUGGGAUGGGGGCAGAGGAGGUUGCCAUGGGGAAAGGCAAGGACUUGAUUGGAGGGGGAAAUGCUGAUGAUGUACGGGGAGAGGAGGUUGUCAUGUGGGGAAGCGCGCGCUGUGACAACGGACUGUCCUGGUUUCAGCACGCAGGGUUUGAUGGGGUGGAUACACAUGGCGAUCAGUGGGAUGAGGCUGCGAACUGUGAAACUCAUCAGAAACUGAUGCGCUUAGUGUCAGAGCGCCAUGAUGGCAGUUUGGAACGCUUUGUGAAUGCGAAUGUGACAAGUACAGCACAAAUGACGGAAAAGUCGUCAAAAAGAGUGAUGCCAAAGAGGCCAGCACUGACAAAAUGGAAGCGAAUCAACAUCGGGUGUCCCGCAUUCGGAGGGAGUUUGGCAACCGAGUGUGCCUCUUUGUCACGACAGUCCCGUGGCAUUGGGCGUUCUUACACUAUGAAGGAGUUCCAUAGCAGGUGGUGUCACUUCACCACGUGGGACUUGCUCACUUCCAGCCGCACAAGUCGCCCUUCAUCGGUGAGCUGUGUGCCGGGAGUUAGCCAGUGCCGGUGGCAUGGCACCGAGGGGUCCGCAGACAUUGCCAGGGACAGUAGAGCAGUGGAGGGCGAUGCAGUUGUUGGUAUGCAGGGGGACGAUCCAUUUGCUGGGGCGGCAGAUGUUGCCACGAAUGUUACAACAGUUCAGGGCGAUGUAGUUGUUGGUGAACGCGGGGACGACCCGGUUGCUGAGACGGGGAAGGCCACUAUGGCUGGGGAUGCUGAUGAGGAUGCUGCUGAUGAGGAGGCUGCCGAUGCAGCUCCGUCAUCUAGCGAUGUCUUGUGUAAUCCGGAUGCGGGGUUGCGAUUGGUGAGUGUGAGGCCUGGUAGAGAGAUCUGGGGAUGCUUUGGGGUGGGCAUUCCAAGGGACAACAAGGGUUGCUGCUGGGACGACGAUGGUUGGAGCUGGGGUCCAGGAGAGGGAGGAGCAGGGGAAGUGCUAGGGAUCUUGAGUGACGUUGCCGUUCUUGCCAGAGCAUGGGAUGAUGAUGAAAUUAGGGUCGUGUGCGAGAAGCUCGAAUUGAGGAAGCGGAAAUAUACGAGGCAAUGCAAGGAACUCGGGGGUAGGUCUGCCAAGGUUGAACAGAUCUUCCUCAAAAUCUGGGAAUUGGAUGACUCCCACCUAGAGGGAUGGGUUCUCGAAACUUGGAUGGGCAAUUCCCCUGCUAUGCUAAACAACUCGACUGCACGAUGCAACAAUCUUGGAGUGGAGGACGAGGAGAGGGAUGCCAUCACAAACACCAUCCAGGAUUUCCCCCCCACUUCCAGUAGGAAAGGAGGGGAUGCUGCAGAAUGCGAUCAGUUCACAGCACUCGCGCCGCUCGCUUUUGCAUAUUGGGUUGAGCACACUUCCACUGGUUUCCGGCAUGCGAUUUGGAAGAUGGACACCUUCAACCAUCUUGCACCACUCUCCAUCAGGGAGCUCCAGUUUCUGGGGAGCGUCACUGAUACACAGGAAGGGAAAGAGUUGAGACCGGUCGAGUAUAUGAGCAGAAAGAUGCCAUCAAAGAAGUCGGCAAAGUCCACCAACGAGAGGGAACUCUAUGCCCUCUACAAGGCACUUGUCCACUGGAGGCACUAUCUGUUAGGAAGGUUCUUCUAUUUGAGAAGUGACCAUCAAACCCUAAAGUGGAUCAAGACACAACCGGUUCUCUUCGAUGCGCUAAAAUGUUGGAUUGAGGUUAUGGAUCAAUAUGAUUUCAAGCUAGACUAUGUGAAAGGAGAGUACAACAAGGUUGCAGAUGCAUUGUCUCGUAGGACACGUUGCCUAGGUGCACUAAUUUCUGAGUCCAGCCUUUCCAAGAAUGUUACUCGAUCCUUGGGGGAAGCCUACAAGGAAGACCCUAUCACGAUGGACAUCAUCAACAAACUAAAGGGCAAAGAUGAGGCCACCACUGACGAGUUUGUGAUGGUGGAUGGGUUACUCUUUCUUGAGAAGGCAGGGUUUAAAAGGUUUGAUCAACUGAAAGGCAAUGAUGCACAGGAGUUGGCUAUGGCUUUCAAUUCUUUGGCGGAGAAAACACCAGGGGUGGAACUGACAAGAUCACUCCUUGAAACUUCGUGGGAGGACCUUACUAUCCCACAACUAGAAAAGAUGCUGGAGGAAACAAAGAAACUGUUGUCGGUGAAUGAGAAGGUUCAUGAUUGUCUGGAACCGGGAUGUGGGCGACGGUUCGCUACACCAGGAAAUCUUCGCGACCAUAUGAACGAACACAGUGGUGAGAAGCCUUACAAGUGCACAACAGACGGGUGUGGCGCCAGGUUUCCAAGUAAACAGUUGCUCUGUCGUCAUAUGAAAAAGCACGAGCGUGCACACGUCUGCACGUUUGAGGGAUGCGGCAAACGGUUUGCCUUCAAGGAGCGUCUGGUCGUACACCAAAAAAUCCACAGCGACGAGAGACCCCUUACGUGCCCUUGGGAAGGAUGCGGGAAGACAUUCAAGUGGCCAAAUUCUCUUCAUGGGCACAUGCGGACGCAUACAGGCGAGAAACCGUUCAAAUGCAUGUAUCCCGGAUGUGGACGGCUUUUUGGAUACAAGGUGGAUCUUACUCGGCACAACAGAACACAUAAUGGGCAGCCAGCCAGAUUGAGCCAUUGAUGUUUCCGUCGCUGGUUGAGCUCCCCUUGCCAGGGCUGCCACUAUGAUCCUCUGGUACUGCGCUACUGCUGCUGUUGAUGCUUCAGCUGCAGUUGCGACAUGUGCACCUGCUAUGCAUUUUACAUAUCUUUUCAUGGCAGCGCUUCAUUGUAGAAAGACGGCUGGGGGUUCUUACUUCUUCCCUCUUCUUUUUUUCGUUGUUGUUGUUGCAUGUACAGUUAUCUCACUUGGUUUAGGGUUUAUUGGGCAGCAACCGAAGUUGAGUCAUAUUGACAUUUGCACCACUGGUUGAACUGCCCUCUCGCUUUGGCUGGCCGCUAAUGUGCUCACCUGAUACUCCUGCUUCCUAUUGCAACUUUGCUGCUGCUGCCGCCGCUGCGACUUCCUAUGUGAACGCAGUGCAUCAUCCAUGAUUUUGCCGAUUUUUCUGCCUGGUUGAGGGAAUGCUCUUUGGGAUCCUUAGUUACAAUUACUGCUGUACAGGUAUGAUGCGCGUUUUUUUUUUUUUUUGGGGGGGGGGGUAGUUGGCUCCUUGUUUUUUUCCUUGGCCCAAACUAGUGCCUUUGUGCCUUGUGGAGUUACCAAUUUUUACUAGAGGUCUGGUGUCCUUAGAUAGUUGUUACGAGUUCAUGUCGAACAUUUUGUUACUCAUCUAGUGCCUGCUGUACAUAACGAUCUUUUUUUGUUACGGUUUUAUAGUUCUGGGGAUUCAUAAGAAAUCCCUUGGGUGGAUCAUGGUAUCUGAAUGGGCAUGUGAAACAUGUCCAAAUCCAUGGCCCUGUAUAUAAUAGAUAUAAUAAUUUUGUACCAAAGCUUACAGAUAGCGAUUUUAUAGCAUCAAUCAAUUUUAAUGAAGGGGGCAUGUUGCACAUGUCCAUUCCCCUGACCCUGUGUAUAUAUAGAAUGAAAUAGAUAUAGUUUUUGUAUGAAAGCAAUGAUUCACUGAUGGAUGGUGAUUUAAUUGAAAGGACGUGUAAAUGAGGUUUAUGACGACGAGGAGGGUGAGAGCAGAGAGAGAGAGGUGCAUGUGAGGAGGCCAGAACUGGUAACUUAGUAGUUAUGCACUGUAGCAGUUAUGAUGAAUUGGACGCCAAGCAUAUACAUAAGCGAAAUUUGGACGACGGAUAGAGCGUCAGAUGUAGUUGGAUGUAAUCGUGACGACUCGCAGAGAGCGGUCUUUAUUUCUCUGUGCGAUGAUCGCUGAGGAUUUUGAAUGCACCAAUUAGAAGACUGGAGAGGAUGAAGGACUGCGUCUACUGGGCUAAUCGACUGCAGACUUCAGUUGCCGUGUGCGCCUGAUCUCUCCAUACAAUGACGAUAUAUUCUGAACCCAUAACCCGACAGCUAUGCUGCACACGCGGCCGAUGCAAGCAAAAGAAAGCUUAUCAUGUUACCUAUGUAUGGGGGAUAUAGUUUUGUCUGGCGAGUCAGAGCUAUUCCUUACGAGUAUGAAGAGGAGGCGCCGGCUACCACCUCAUCGAUAGCAUAUGCCUGGUUACAAUUUACUCCUCUUACUAAGUUAGCAUGAAAAUC